CGGGAUUUUAAUUCGCUGGUUACUGAUAACAUUAUUAUAUAUGUCGUCAUUUAGUUUUAUAUCUACUAUUACUUAAACCGCCUUCAAUCCGACCGAUUCAGAGAAACAAUAUGGCCGGCCUUGCGCUUCGGUUCAGUAUUGUCUUAAGCGUAUGUCUCCUGGUGACUGCCGACUUCACAGACGAUUGUACAGAAUGUAAACGCGCCUCGCACACAGGAGGCAAACAAGUGGACUUCUCCCACAGAGCAUACCACGACAUACCCAACAAUUUGUCACCAGCAACACAAAUCUUAGACCUUACUGCCAACGACCUCAAGAAAAUCAAGAGACACGCCUUCCGAGACGCAGGAUUAAUCAAUCUAAAGAAGGUAAUACUCAAGGAAUGCAAAUUAACUACUAUAGAUGAAAACGCACUGACCGACCUUCAGAAAUUGAUUGUGAUUGAUUUAUCGAAAAACGAACUAAAAACGUUACCUGCCGACCUUUUUAAGGAAAAACCAAAAAUAAAAUGGAUUUUACUCAACAACAAUCAAAUAGAGAAGCUAGAAGACGGCCUAUUUAACAAUCUUCCCAGUCUGUAUAUAGUGGAUUUAAGCCACAACCGCAUCGCACAAAUCGGUAUGGAAACCUUCUUAAAUGUGCCAAAGCUAGAGAAAUUAAAGCUCAAUAACAAUAAGUUGGAACAACUCGAAAAAGACAAACUGAGUGCUUUGACGUCUAUACAUUUAGUUCUAGAUAUUCAUGGCAAUCAUUGGAGAUGUGACUGCAAUUUGAAGCCUCUGGUGAACUGGGUGAUCGAAGGAAGGUUCUCCGCAACACGCUUAUUAUGCAGCGAACCACCUCUAGUUCAGGGUAAACGGUGGAGUGAGCUGGAAUCCAGUGACUUUGCUUGUGAAUAAGCUUCCCUUCUAUUGUAACAAGAGUACCAUAGUAUCUUUACCAUUUUGUAAAAGCUUUUGAAGUAGAAAUAGAAUAAAGUUUAUUUGAAUAAAUUAUUAUAACACAAGAAGUGUCUGAAGUAACACAUUAAACAAAAGAAAAACUCAUUACCAUAUGACAUUGUGCAACUAAUACCGCUUUUGUGAAACAUUGUGUUGCCUUUUUUGUCAGGUCAGUGGAUACAAUCUUACACGUUAAGGAAAGCAUUUUUUUUCUUUAAUUAUUAUUCAUGGUUAGACUUUGUUUACAGGGUGUCCCGUAAAUAUAACGACAUACUUUACAAGGUGAUAGCUGACGUCCAGGCCUACUAAAAUAACACAAUAUAUGUAAAUAGUCGAAAUUUUACGGUUUUGAUUUUUGUACAAAAUACAAUUCAGUGCAGUUUACUCAAAUAUGCUGAAAAAUUACUUAAGCGUUUAGUUUUAUACUUGGUAAUUGUUAGGUUGUUUCAAGUAAUGAAAGUUUAGUUUUUUCUACUGCAAAGUAAGAUUUUUCUAAUAAACUGGACUUUUUUUAUAUUAAACGAUUAUUUUUAUAUGUACCUACGGUCGGUCACAGUACAACAGUCACGUUAAAAAAAAUAUGUACGAGGCAAGCUUAAAAACAUGUUCAAUUAAUAAGGAUUCCAAAGAUUUGUUCCUGGCACUUGAAUAACAAAAUAAUUUAC